AUGUGGCAGCGAUUCAUGUCCGAAUCGUCGCACAAUCGUGAGCUUCGCGUUAACAAGGAGCGCCUUCAGCACCACGUGGCACACCGCGUAGCCUGCAUUGGCUGCCGCCGAGCCAUCGACCACGUGUUCGACACCCUGUCCGAGUCGAUUCACCAAACUUUACAGCCCCUGCACGUCAGCAACGAUGGCUCCGUCUCCCUACAUGCAUCGAUCGGCAACGACCCAGUGGAGGCUUUCAUUCACUUGCAUCCAUUCAGAAAUGUGACGACACAAACGUCCACCGCAGGCAAACGCUGUAUUCUACAUCGCGCGUCACCCCAAGCUGCCCUAGAGCGUUUGGACGAGGACGCCUGGCAAGAGUUGUGGGAAAAGGUGCCCGAGAAGGAGCGGGAGCUGAUCAUGGAUUUUGAUGACGAAGAAGUGGAGGAAGCUGCCCAGACGCACAUGAAAAAAUUUUGCCUACAUUGCCGCCGCGAGGUCGAGAAAGCUUGGGAGGUGCUCAAGCAGAUGGAAUGGUUUGAUAGCAAGACCUACUUACAAGACACUGGCUAUGACCCCAUCAUUUUCGAGGGCUUGUCCUACGAUAAGGAGGACCGCGUGCUGCAAGUUAGCUGCGACUCCACCUAUCUCUGCGAAGUUAUAGCCUUUGCGCGUAAGGACAUCUCCGACCAGGAGCGCCACGCGGAGACACAGAUCAAGGCCCAAACGGAGGUGGUCAUGAUUGUGGGUCAUUUGGUUCGCAAGCGUGUCGGUCAACUGCAAUGGCGACUGGCCAUUGCGGAGCAACAACAUAGUAUGGCCUAUGCACUGGCAGCCUCAGCCUUGUGGGAGAUGCUGGAGCAGGACAUUGUUGAGCGAGAAGCAGAAGAAGCGGCGCGCUCCUUGCUACAGCUGGAAGAGAUGGAGGAAGCCACAAAAAGCAAGAGCAAGAAGAAGAAAAAGAAGAAAAACAAGGCCAAAAAUAACGACACUGAGGCACAAAACAAUGCUUCCGCCAAAAACAAUCAGCGCCCGGGGCAAGCAGCCGUCUCCAAUCAACGCGCACCCUCGGCGGCCUCUGCAUCCGCAGACGUAACCGGGGCAGCAGCUGCAACCAAGCCCGCGCCCGAUACCAAGGCAGAGGCAGGAUCUGCAAGCGCAGCCACCCAACCGACCGCAACUGAAGACGGCGCUGCACAGCCUUUGAACACCGCUUUGAACGCCCAUACUGCCACACCAGAUGCACCAGCCUCCACUGCGACACAUUUAGCAACCGAGUCUCGCACGGAGCCAACCACAGACAAUGCGCUGGAUUGGAAACCACGCCUGCGUGAGACGCAGCUUAGCGAGCCCAAGUCUCUCCUUGAUCUUGCAGCCGUGCUUGACGAGUUGGACACAGUCGAAGACGAGGAUGACGCUGAAAUGGCAGAUGAGGAGUUUGAUUUGCUCAAAUCCAUGGGCUGGUCUGGUGACACUGACACGUCCGUGGACGAUUCGUGUUUAGCCGAUCUUAGUUUUGAUACGCUCAAGGCGAAACAGCUUGAUUUACGGCAACAGAUCCGCGAACGAUUCAACCAAUUUGUUGAAACCGGCCACCUGACGUUUCAGUGUCGCAAUUACAUCAAGGUGGAUGACCAACACGACGUGCAUUUGGACGUGUCCAGUACCUCUAGCGAAGACUCUGAGAGCGAGCUAGAUAGCGAGGGUGUAGGCGGUCGUCACUCACCCAGCCAACGACGCCGGCGCCACCACCGGGACUCGUCGCGAAGCCACCGUGAUUCGGACGACUCUGAUGACGACGAUCGGCGACGGUCGAGCAGUAGCAGAGACCGCUCAGAGCGCAAAUCAGCCAAGAAGGAGAAGAAGAGCAAGGAGAAAAAGUCCAAGAGCGAGAAAAAGAGCAAGAAAAAGAAGCAUAAACAUCGGCAUAGCAGCCGCCGUGACCGCGAUCACGAUCGUCGGUGA